AUGCACGCUUUACGUUUGCUUCACGGGAAACUCAGCGUUUACGGUCAGAGUCCUUGCAGCAUGUUGCGUUUUCUCGAACGCGGGACCAGGCGCUGGGCGCAGCUUCCCGUGUCCGGUUUGGCCGUGUACCGGACUUUAACCCAUCAGGCGCGAUCGACCAAACAGAACACGGAACAAGUUUUCCGCGGGAAGCCGUCCCCGUUUGUGAGCCCAGAGACCCGGGUUCUCGUACAGGGCUUCACUGGCAAACACGGUACGUUUCACUCUGAACAAGCAAUAGCCUACGGUACAAAGAUCGUUUGCGGCGUUUCACCUUCAAAGGCGGGCACCAAGCACUUGGGUCUUCCGGUGUUUGGAACUGUCGCGGAAGCGGUGCGAGAGACCGGUGCCAACGCGAGCGUGGUCUUUGUCCCGCCGCCGGCCGCCGCAGCAGCAAUCGAGGAAGCCAUCGACGCGCAAGUUCCUCUUAUUGUCGUAAUUACAGAGGGCAUACCCCAGCAGGACAUGGUGCGAAUCAAGCGACGGCUUGAACGCACACAGAUGUCGCGUCUCGUGGGACCGAAUUGCCCGGGUAUUCUCCAUCCAGGUGCACGUUGCAAACUGGGAAUCAUGCCGACGUCGAUUGUGCAACCAGGGCGAAUCGGCGUUGUCUCUCGCUCGGGGACGCUGACGUAUGAGGCGGUUGCACAGACGACCGCUGCCGGGCUCGGACAGUCGCUCUGUAUUGGGAUCGGCGGGGACCCUUUCAACGGAACGAGUUUCAUCGACUGUCUGUCGUACUUUUUUGAGGACGACAACACGGACGGCAUCGUGAUGAUUGGGGAAAUUGGCGGGCAGGCCGAGGAAGAGGCUGCUGCAUUUAUCCGCGAAAAGUCCAGUCAUAAGCCUGUCGCGUCGUUUAUUGCGGGUUUGUCGGCACCGCCGGGACGACGAAUGGGUCACGCCGGUGCAAUUGUGAGCGGCGGCCUCGGAACUGCCACUAGCAAAGUGCAGGCUCUACGAGAGGCAGGCGCCCAUGUUGUCCAGACGCCAUCCGAACUUGGACUCGCCUUACGCAGAGCGCUCGGAAGGUGA